AUGACUGCACAAAACAUCCACGCUGAAACUACCAGAAAGGCUUUGUCUGAUUUGAAGCAACUUGCCAGCUCUCUGGAAGGUUGGGAAUUCAGUCAAGAAAAGGACGGUGUCAAGCUUUAUCGCAAGACCGUUGACUCCAGCCCUGUUGCCAUCGUUCGUGGCGAAACUGAUAUCGUUGGUCAUGAAUUCACUCCUCAACAAGUCGCAUCUGUUGCUACCAUGCCUGGCUGUAGAAAGAUUUGGGAUGAAAAGUAUGAUACCUCUGAAAUCAAGCAAAUGUACAGCAAGUUUGAAUCCUUGUUCUGGUGCAAGGUCAAGACUCCUUGGCCCAUCAGUCCCCGUGACAUGGCUGCUACCUCUCUACGCGAGAUCUCUGAAGACGAGUGCUAUGUUGUCAUGGCAUCUGUUGAAGACGAUUCCAUUCCUGCAGUCUCUGGAUGUGUUCGUGCUAACUUGAUGAUCUCUGGCUGGAAGAUCCUCAAAACAGAUGCUGGCAUUCACAUUACAUAUAUUACUCAAGUUGAUUUGGCUGGUUCCAUUCCUACUUCUUUUGUAAAGAACGUCCAGCAACAGGUUCCCCUUUGCGCUGGCUCUGUCGUCAAGUACAUCCAAGAACACGGUUUUGCACCCACUACCACUGAAUGCACCGCUGACUUCAAAUCAGAGAUCUUUGAUCAUGCCAAGAGAGAGUAUGUUUGCAACCUUGACGGCUCUGGUGAAUGCAAAUGGAUGAUUUCCAGCAAGAUGUAUCCCAAUGGUGUUACCGUUUCUAUCGUUGGAAGCGGCGGUAAUGCUAAGCACGAAAUCCAAGAUGCUGGAAAGGAUAAAAACAUUGUUGUUACUGGAAUUCAAGGUCCCACCACUAUCAAGAUCAACAAGGCUUAA